GGGAUAGAGCCCAAGUUAAACAUCCUUGAAAUUGUGAAGCCUGUGGAGACUGUGGAGGUAGUGAUUGAUCCAGAUGCUCAUCAUGCAGAAGCUGAAGCUCACCUUGUCGAGGAAGCUCAAGUGAUAACCUUGGAUGGAACAAAACAUAUUACAACAAUUUCAGAUGAAACCUCUGAACAAGUGACACGAUGGGCUGCAGCAUUGGAAGGCUACCGAAAGGAGCAGGAGCGCCUUGGAAUACCCUAUGACCCAGUCCAGUGGUCGACAGACCAGGUGCUCCACUGGGUGGUGUGGGUGAUGAAGGAGUUCAGCAUGACUGACAUUGACCUCAAUGGACUCGGCAUGCGGGAGCUCUGCAGCCUCAGUCAAGACGAAUUCUUCCAGCGCGUUCCGCGGGGAGAAAUCCUCUGGAGCCAUUUGGAGCUUCUUCGAAAGUAUGUGUUGGCUAGCCAAGAACACUCUGGAGAAAUAGCAACUGUUACUAUUGAUCAGCCUGUGCAGAUUAUUCCAGCAUCUGUACAGCCUGCUACCCCAACCACCAUUAAAGUAAUAAACAGCAGUGCAAAGGCAGCUAAAGUACAGAGAGCUCCAAGGAUCUCUGGGGAAGAUAGGAGUUCCCCUGGGAACAGAACAGGAAACAAUGGCCAGAUCCAGUUGUGGCAGUUUUUGUUAGAACUUCUCACUGACAAAGAUGCUCGGGACUGUAUUUCUUGGGUUGGUGACGAAGGAGAGUUUAAACUGAAUCAGCCUGAACUGGUUGCGCAGAAAUGGGGACAGCGCAAAAACAAGCCCACGAUGAACUAUGAGAAGCUUAGUCGGGCUUUGAG